AUGACCGAAACCACCAAAACCCACGUUAUCUUGCUGGCCUGCGGCAGCUUCAACCCCAUCACCAAAGGCCACAUUCAGAUGUUCGAAAGAGCCCGAGAUUAUCUACACAAGACAGGAAGAUUCAUUGUCAUCGGUGGAAUAGUCUCACCCGUACAUGACUCAUAUGGAAAACAGGGUUUGGUUUCCAGCCGGCAUCGCCUGGCAAUGUGUCAGCUGGCUGUUCAGAGUUCUGAUUGGAUAAGGGUGGACCCCUGGGAAUGUUAUCAGGAUACCUGGCAGACCACCUGCAGUGUACUGGAACAUCACCGGGAUCUGAUGAAACGAGUUACUGGUUGUAUCCUGUCCAAUGUGAACACACCUUCUCUGACGCCAGUGAUUGGACAGCCUCAGAACGAGACCCCACAACCUAUUUACCAGAACAGCAACCUUUCCAACAAGCCAACUGCAGCAAAACUUUUGGGGAAAGUGGGAGAAAGCCUUAGCAGGAUUUGUUGUGUUCGUCCCCCAAUGGAGCGUUUCACCUUUGUGGAUGAAAAUGCUAAUUUGGGGACUGUGAUGAGAUAUGAAGAGAUUGAGCUCCGAAUCUUGCUGCUGUGUGGAAGCGAUUUGCUGGAGUCCUUCUGUAUCCCAGGCCUCUGGAAUGAAGCUGAUAUGGAGGUGAUUGUGGGGGACUUUGGUAUCGUUGUUGUCCCACGAGAUGGUGCUGAUACCGAGAGAAUCAUGAACCACUCCUCUAUACUUCGCAAGUAUAAAAACAAUAUCUUGGUUGUGAAGGAUGAUGUGAAUCACCCCAUGGCUAUUGUCAGUUCCACUAAAAGCAGAUUGGCCCUUCAGCAUGGCGACGGGCACGUGGUGGAUUACCUGAGCCAGCCAGUCAUUGAUUACAUCCUCAAGAGCCAGCUGUACCUGAAUGCCUCCGGUUAA